AUGAAGCUCAAGCGCUUCCUUCUGAGAUAUUUCCCUCCUGGAAUUGUCCUUGAGUACCAGCGAAGAAACGGAGAUGUUGAGACAAAGUCAAUCGACCUUCUGAACCUCACACCGGAGACGGACGUGGAGGUUCUCAUCAACCAGAUAGUCUUCGAGGAGCCGUUGAUUUCUGAAAACAAGAAGGACACUCUUCGAAAGAUGAUUUACAAGCUCAUAGAAAAGAUUGACAACAAGGACUCACAGCGGUUCUACCUUUUCAAGAUUCUCCGAGCACACAUUCUGCCCUUGACGAACUGUGCCUUCAACAAGUCUGGCUCGAAGUUCAUCACCGGCUCCUAUGACCGAACGUGCAGAGUUUGGGAUACACUUAGCGGUGAAGAGCUCUUGACGCUUGACGGCCACAAGAACGUGGUGUAUGCCAUUGCCUUCAACAAUCCCUUUGGUGACAAAAUCGUCACCGGCAGCUUUGACAAGACCGCAAAGCUCUGGGAUGCCAACACUGGGCAGUGCAUUCACACCCUCAAGGGCCACCACACGGAGAUUGUCUGUGUUGCCUUCAAUGUACAGGGCACGCACGUUGCAACCGGCAGCAUGGACAACACAGCGAAGCUGUGGGACGUGGAAACUGGUCACCAGAUAGCAUCCCUGGAGGGCCAUUCUGCCGAGAUAGUUUCACUGAAUUUCAACACCGAUGGGGACAAGAUUCUCACCGGGUCGUUUGACAACACAGCAAAGGUUUGGGAUGUGCGGAGUGGGCGAUGUGUGCACACUCUUGCCGGCCAUCGUGGAGAGAUCUCCUCCACGCAGUUUGAUUUCACCGGAGAUUACUGCAUCACUGGAAGUAUAGACCGUACUUGCAAGCUCUGGGACGUAAACAACGGGCAGUGCAUGGAGACCAUGCGAGGCCAUUCAGAUGAGGUGUUGGAUGUGUGCUUUAACACAACUGGCAAUCGCCUCGUCACUGCCUCCGCAGAUUGCACAGCUCGAGUGUACAAUGUCAUGACCGGUGCCUGCAUAUCUAUUUUGAUAGGCCAUGAGGGCGAGAUCUCCAAGGUUCAGUUCAGUCCGAAUGGCUAUAAGAUCAUAACAGCAUCCAGUGACCGCACAUGCCGCUUAUGGUCUGUGGAGACUGGCGAGUGCCUGCAGGUCUUGGAAGGACACAGUGAUGAAAUCUUCUCGUGCGCUUUCAACUACGAAGGCGACACGGUCAUCACUGGGUCCAAGGACACGUCGGGUGCAGCGUGGUCUUUCCUCCCGGAUGCCGUUUGUUUGCGGCAGCCGUCGCGCCAGGACAACACCUGCAGAAUUUGGAAGGACAACUUUUUCACUCCCGCCGAUGAGGAUGACCAGUGGCUUGGCAAGUGUUGUAAGCCACUUUUUGACCCGACUGUGAACUAUUCGCAGUUCUCGACCUCAAUGAAGUGCCCCUUCCACUGCUCAUGCUGGACCGAUGGCAGGUGGCGCGGUCGUGGCAUUGGAGACACUGCGUGCUCCCUUGGGUGUCGCAUGGAAACUGCCGGUCGCACGGCCCAGAAGCGGCCCAGCGAGAAGGGCCUGGAAGUGCAUGGAAAAGAGUGCAUGGAAAAACAGCAACGUGUGACCUUGGAGAGCCGGAUCCCUCUCUCUCUCUGUCUUUCGCUCUCUUUGUCUCUCUCUCUCUUGCCCUCUCUCUCUUUCGCUCUCGCUCUCUCUCCCUCUCUCUCUGGCUCUCUGUUUCCCUUAGGAGAGUCUCUUCCUCCUUUUCUCUUUGGGUUUCUUCCUCUGUUUCCUAUCUCUCUCUCUCUCUCUCUCUCUGUCUCCUUCUUUCUCUGCCUCUCUCUCUCAAUGCAUACAAAUGGUAUAUGGUAA